AUUGAAGGCAUCCAUCACCUAUUACAUGCAUGUGUUUUCUUGCCAGUGGUCAGUGUAAGUAACUUUGGUUUGACUUUUCCAGGUGCUGGUGGCUGUGAAGCAAAGGGCUCCAAGGCCCUGGGCCGCAGGAAGAGGACAAGCUUCAGCAAGCUGCACCUGGAGCACCUCAGGGUAGCCUUCGAUGUGGACCCCUACCCUGGCAUCACUGUGAGAGAGAGCCUGUCUGAGGCCACAGGCCUUCCGGAAUCACGCAUUCAGGUGUGGUUUCAGAACAGGAGAGCUAGAACUCUAAGAAACAAGGACAACAGACUUUCCUUUCAGCCAGAAGCAGUUAUCCCCCAUAUCCCUGCUGUGUCCUCCCCAGCCCUGGUCCCCUCCCCAGGCCUGAUACCCUCCUCAGCCUCCAAUGCCGCCUCCCUGUCCCCCGUCAUCAGGCCAGAGGAAGCCCUCCUCUACACCACGUUGAGCCCAGAGGAAGCCCCCCUCUACACCACGCUGAACCCAGAGGAAGCCCUCCUCUACACUACGCAGAGCCUCGUCCUGUUGGAGGGGGAUGAGGACUGCUUCUCCCAGUCAGGUGUGUCUCUGCUGCAGGAUUCUGGGUACUGUAGUCCCUCCCUGGUUGUAGGCAGAGCCAGAAGACUCCUGGGCUCCAGCUCCCCUUUCUCUCCCCCGGCCUACUGGGGCUCUGCAGGGGAGCAGCCCCCCCCUGACCCCCCUGCAGGUGGAACCCAGGUGUUCCUGUUCCCAUCCACGCGUGGCACUCUGUCCCCAUUCCUCCAGCUCCAACCCCUGCUGAGUCACGCCAGCAGCAGGGACUUCUUCCCCAGCUGCCCUGCUAGCCCAGACUCUGCCUGCUGGGACCUGGGGUCCCCCUCUCCCCCAGCGCCCAGCUUCCAGAGCACACCCUGGGGGGACGCUGUCCUGCACAAGGCUGCAGGGGUCCAGGGACUCUUAACCGGCGUACAGGGCCCGCUCCCCGAGCUGUCCUCACAGUGCGUGGAGGAUGUUCUGGGUGGGAUGGAGGAGGAGUGGCUGAGAACCCUGAUGUCAGAUUAAAGAUGAUGAUGGUUAACACAGAGUACCUUCUGUAGGAAGGACUUGUUGUCCUUGAUCAUAUUGAUAGCUCCUGUACUUUCUGACUGUUAUCCUUGUUUAGAUCAUAUUGAUAUCUUAUUAUGAAUCCAUUUCCAUUUGAUAUUUAUUCAUACCUUAAUGAAGUACAAUGUAUUUAUUAUAUGUAUUCGAAAUAAAUAGU